AUGUAUUCGGUUUUUCGAAAAGCCAGGAGUGCGCGCUUAGUGUUUGAUGCAGGGCCUGCGUUGGAUUUGGUUAGCUGGAAUUCCAUGAUUGAUGGUCAUGUGAAGUAUGGGGAAGUGGAUGUUGCUAGCGAACUUUUCGAUGAGAUGACUCAAAGGGACGUCUUCAGUUGGAACUCGAUGAUUGUAGGUUAUAUUGCGCGAGGGGACAUAGGCGUAGCGCGAUGGUUGUUUGAUAGAACGCCGUUUAGGGACAUCAUGUCGUGGAAUCGUACGAUCGAUGGGUGUGCAAGGAUUGGAUACAUGUCAGAGACUCGCAGCUUUUUUCAUUCGAUGCCUUUCUGGAAUGUAGUUUCAUGGAAUACCUUGUUGGCUCUUUAUGUACGUGUUAAAGGUUAUACGGAGUGUUUGAGUUUGUUUGAUAGUAUGCUACAAGAGGAAGAGAUUAAACCCAACGGGGCUACUCUUGUGAGUGCUUUCACAGCGUGUGACAAUACAGGGGACCUCAAUAAAGGCCACUUAGUUUAUUCUUACAUGAAGGAUAAUUACAUUGAAGCCGAAGUGCUGCUUUCGACUGGGCUAUUGACAAUGUAUGCAAAAAGUGGCACUAUGGAUUUAGCCAGGAAAGUGUUUGAUCAGAUGCCUGAUAGAAGUGUUGUCUCGUGGAAUUCUAUGAUCAUCGGGUAUGGAUUACAUAGGCAUGGCGAGAAAGCCCUGGAAAUGUUCUUGAGAGAUGAGAAGAGAGGUCUAAUGCCAAAUGAUGCUACCUUUGUCAGCAUAUUACCUGCCUACACACAUUCCGGCAUGGUUUUGGAAGGUUGGUGGUGUUUCAACCUGAUGUCUCGGAUUUACAAUAUCCAAACUAAGGUGGAGCACUAUGCUUGCAUGGUCUAUCUUCUUGCUCGAGCUGGGCUGGUGAUGGAUUCAGGAGAGUUGUUUAAAGAAGUACCUAUAGUGGCAGGAUCUUCACUAUGGGGUGCUCUGCUUUCUGCCCAUAGGACCCAUUCUCACAUGGAACUAAGAGAGAUGGUGGCCGAGCAGUUGUUUGAGUUCGAACCAACAGAUGUUGGGCCCUACGUACUAUUGUCAAACAUGUAUGCAGCCAAAGGUAGUUGGGAUGCAGUCGAGAAUGUCAAGAUGAUGAUGAAGGCAAAGGGUUCGCAAAAGGAAGUUGGGUCGCGCCUCAUUGAACUUGGAGGCAUCGAAUCUACAGAGUCCGCAAAAGAUGGCAUGCACCACCAGAGAAGUAUGAUUUACUCGAUGCUGAGUGAGAUUGGUUCACAAAUAUAA